AUGUCACUUAUUAAAAAUGAUCCUCGAGAAGUAUUAUCGUGUGGAAUCUUCUAUUGCAUUCUUCUCGGUUCAACAACAUUGUCGAAUCUUUAUUUAGCAUCACUGUUUAUUGAUAGAAGUAUAAUGAUUAUUUGUUCAAUUCGUUAUCGUUCAAUAGUCACACGACCUCGUGUCAUAUUUCGUCUUAUAUUGAUUUGUUUAAUAGUUAUUUUACUUCUAAUCCCUUAUCAUUUUUAUUUACAUUACGACGCAAAAGCUACACUAUUUCUGUGUGAUUUUUCUUCAUCUAAUAAUCAUGAACGAAUUCAUUUAUUAUCAUUAAUACAUGCCAUUUUUUUUGUGUCUAUUCCAUCAUUGAUUGUAUGUAUAUCCUCAAUCAUUUUAUUUAAUAAUCGACGUCAUCAUAAACGAAAACAUAAACAAAAUUUAAGUUCAAUUGCUCGCCAGAUGCAAAAAAAUUCAAUAUUUAGAUGUUUUCUUUCACUUUGGUUCUUUUUAUCUUUAUUACCCGCAUUUAUUAUCGAAAUAUUUCUUCUUUAUGAUCAAUUUUUCUAUGAUGGUAUGCAUUGCUUCACGCGAAUGAAAGUUUAUAAAAUUUUAUUCAAUUGUUUUUCAAUACUUUCAUCAAUUCAUUAUUCAACUAAAUUUUAUAUUCAUCUUAUGAUAUCAACAUUAUUUCGAAAGCAUUUUAUUCAAUUUAUUUCUUGUCAAAAUAAUCAAAAUUCGCCUAAAUCAAUAAGAAUGAAAAAUAAAAACAAUAAUGAAAAACGUUUACUUUCACUUUUGAAUCAGAAUCAAACAAAAGUUACGAAAGUUUAA